CUAAAAAAAAUAUAAUUCCAAAAUGGCUAUUCACCUUUUAUCAUUACUUAUUAUCACAUUAAUAUGUUCAAGUCUAGCGAUGGACGAAGAAAUGGCAGAAUUAGCGAAGAUGCUCCGUGAGAGCUGUGCUUCGGAGACCGGAGUGGAUCUGAGUUUAGUCGAAGGUGUGAAUAAGGGUGCUGACCUCACCCCAGAUGACAAAUUGAAGUGCUACAUGAAAUGUACCAUGGAAACUGCCGGAAUGAUGUCCGAGGGCAAUGUUGAUGUGGAGGCCGUUAUUGCCCUCUUGCCUGAUGACUUCAGGAAACGCUCAGAACACCACUUGCGAGCAUGUGGUACAAAGAAGGGUUCAGAUGACUGUGACACCGCUUUUCAAACUCAGGUUUGCUGGCAGAAGGCCAAUAAAGCCGAUUAUUUCCUCAUUUAA